AAUUAUGGAUCCAAACUUGCUACGUGAGCGAGAACUUUUCAAGAAACGAGCACUCUGUACUCCUGCUGUAGAAAAACGCCCAGCACCCUCUUCUGAUUCCUCAUCGAAGAAGAAGAAAGCAAAGGUAGAACAGGGAGGAUCAUCAAGCGCAAAGCAAAAUGCAGAACACAGCAACGGAUCUUUUAACUUGAAAGCCUUUUCUGGCAGCUCUGGUUACAAGUUUGGAGUUCUUGCAAAGAUAGUGAACUAUAUGAAGACACGACAUCAACGUGGUGAUACACACCCAUUAACUCUAGAAGAAAUACUGGAUGAAACUCAACAUUUAGAUAUUGGACUAAAACAGAAACAAUGGCUGAUGAGUGAGGCCCUGGUCAACAAUCCCAAAAUAGAAGUUAUAGAUGGGAAAUAUGCAUUCAAGCCUAAGUACAACUUGAAGGAUAAAAAAGCCCUGCUCAGGCUCUUGGAUAAACAUGAUCAGCGAGGUUUGGGAGGAAUACUUUUGGAAGAUAUUGAGGAAGGACUGCCAAAUGCACAGAAAGCCAUAAAGGCUUUAGGGGACCAGAUCAUCUUUGUUACACGCCCUGAUAAGAAGAAAAUUCUUUUCUACAAUGAUAAGAACUGUCAGUUUACAGUGGAUGAAGAAUUUCAAAAACUGUGGAGGAGUGUUCCUGUGGAUUCCAUGGAUGAAGACAAGAUAGAAGAAUAUCUGAAGCGUCAGGGUAUUUCUUCCAUGCAAGAUGCGGGCCCAAAGAAAAUAGCACCUAUUCAGAGGAGGAAGAAGCCUGCUUCUCAGAAGAAACGGAGGUUCAAGACUCACAAUGACCAUUUGGCUGGUGUAUUGAAGGAUUAUUCUGAUGUGGGUCCUGGCAAAUAGUGGAUCUGCUGGAACAAACUCUUGAGAGCUUUGAUGCAGCUGCUUAGUAGCUCUGAAGAAAUGUCCUGUGUAUAAUGUGAUGUGGUUCUCCCCCCCCCCCCACCCCCACCCCAGUCGUGUAUCAGCCAGGAGGAAACUGCUGUCAAGAUUAAGGACAAAGUGUUCAUGCAAAUACUUGUGUAUAACAAACAUGGAUCAGGACUGUUUGCAGUUUGUAGACUUUUGGUACUGGGGUAAAAUAUAUUCUUCAUGUAAUAUCAAGGUUCAUGGUCUUUAAAAAAUUAUUUGGCAUACUGUGGGUAUUUUCUUCUAUUCACCUGGUGUUGGCUUAGAGAUAAAACUAUUUGUUUUAUCUAUGUCGAGAAAACCAGUUUAUAAUAAAAUAAUUUUAGAAAGAU